GGGCCGUUCGGAAGAAGGCGGAGCCUACCUCGCAUCAGGACCAGCUUGGCUGCACCUGCAUCCUUCGCUCAGAGCAUCCCUGGAGCAUCUUAAGAGGCGAACGCAGCUGGCCACCAGGGAUCAAACCGUCGCAGUAGGCGUCCGCCGGAUAUCGUUCCCCUCCCUUGGUCAGACGCUCUACAGAGGGAGCCCUCGGCACUGACCGGGGACCCCCAGAGUGGUCUGACCAUUUCCACAAGCCUUUCUAGCAAAUAACCUCUGACUACGACAUGGCUGAGAUCACCAAUAUCCGACCUAGCUUUGAUGUGUCACCAGUGGUAGCCGGCCUCAUCGGGGCCUCUGUGCUGGUGGUGUGUGUCUCGGUGACCGUAUUUGUCUGGACAUGCUGCCACCAGCAGGCAGAGAGAAAGCACAAGACCCCGCCAUACAAGUUUAUCCACAUGCUCAAAGGUAUCAGCAUAUACCCAGAGACCCUCAGCAACAAAAAGAAAAUCAUCAAAGUGCGGAGAGACAAAGAUGGCCCAGGGAGGGAAGGUGGACGAGGGAAUCUGUUGGUGGACGCCGCCGAGGCCGGCCUGCUGGGCCGCGCCCCGGGUGCCAGGGGCCCUGGCUCUGGCGCGUGUGUGGACCAGUUACCCAUCAAAGUGGACUAUGGGGAAGAGCUGAGGAGCCCCAAUGCUGGCCUGACCCCUGGCGAGAGCAAAACCACGUCCCCCUCCUCUCCCGAGGAGGACGUCAUGCUCGGCUCCCUCACCUUCUCUGUGGACUAUAACUUCCCCAAGAAAGCGCUGGUGGUGACAAUCCAGGAGGCUCACGGGCUGCCGGUGAUGGACGACCAGACCCAGGGCUCUGACCCCUACAUCAAAAUGACCAUCCUCCCGGAUAAGCGGCACCGGGUGAAGACGCGGGUGCUGCGCAAGACCCUGGACCCUGUGUUCGACGAGACCUUCACCUUCUACGGCAUUCCCUACAGCCAGCUGCAGGACCUGGUGCUGCACUUCCUCGUGCUCAGCUUCGAUCGCUUCUCCAGGGAUGACGUCAUUGGGGAGGUCAUGGUGCCACUGGCCGGGGUGGACCCCAGUACCGGCAAGGUCCAGCUGACCAGGGACAUCAUCAAAAGGAACAUCCAGAAGUGCAUUAGCAGAGGGGAACUCCAGGUGUCUCUGUCAUACCAGCCUGUGGCCCAGAGAAUGACAGUGGUGGUCCUCAAAGCCAGACACUUGCCGAAGAUGGACAUCACCGGUCUCUCAGGUAAUCCCUACGUCAAGGUGAAUGUCUACUACGGCAGGAAGCGCAUCGCCAAGAAGAAAACCCACGUGAAGAAGUGCACUUUGAACCCCGUCUUCAACGAGUCCUUCAUCUACGACAUCCCCAGCGACCUCCUGCCCGACAUCAGCAUCGAGUUCUUGGUCAUCGACUUCGACCGCACCACCAAGAACGCCGUGGUGGGGAGGCUGAUCCUCGGGGCGCACAGCCUGACGGCAGGGGGCGCCGAGCACUGGAGGGAGGUGUGUGAGAGCCCCCGCAAGCCGGUGGCCAAGUGGCACAGUCUGAGCGAGUACUAAUCUCAGCCGCCAUCACCCCGGGCCAGGCUGGGGGCACUGUGGCAGGGGGUGGGGGAAUACCCCGGACAAAAGUGGACUCCAACCUCAUUUUAGCUAUAUUAGAAAAUUUCUAACCAAACAAGCCCCACAAAACAAAACCAACCCCACCCUCUCCCCGGGACCAUACUGCAGAUCAGUUCUUAGUGACGAUGGUUUUCCUCCUUUGCAAGGCACUAGAGAUUCUUUUUUGUUUUAUUCAAUGGGGAAAAAAAAAAGAGAAGAGAGAGGGAAGGACCUCUUACAAAUCUAUAUAUAACAAUGUAACCUUAUCUUGCAUGUCUAAUACAAACUGAAGAAAUUAACCUAACUGCCAAUAUCAAGUUAUGGGUUUGAAUCCAUGAAAAUUGUGUUUUUGUGCCGAAUCUCGUAUUUGCUGAUAACCUAAAAAUUGGCCUUUUUUUUUUUUCUUCUCGGGCUUCUCUGGAGAGGUGUGCCACUCCCCACCUCUGCAGAAGAAUAUUUUGCUCUUGUAAAAUCUCAUGUUUUUCUCACCCCGUUUUCCCCUCCCCAUUCAUUCUCAAUAUCUCUGCUCUCUGGCUGACCCCGAGGUCUGGAGUGUGGUGCAGGUGGAGUGACGGCAGGCAGGGUCCUGUUUGCCCACGGGGCUUCUGUGCUGGGGGGCCGCCCUGUCCACCAGAGAGAACACACGUGGGCGCACCACACAGGUCAGGGGGGAUGUGAUUCACACUCUUGGGACUCUCUAAGACAAGCUUUGGAGACCCCAAUUCAGAAUAGGGACACAGGGGCUGGAGUGGUAGCAAGCAGGUAGGGCGUUUGCCUUGCAUGUGGCCGACCAGGUUCCAUCUCCGGCAUCUCUUAAGUAUCCCAAGCACAGCCAGUAGUGAUCCCUGAGUGUAGCAGAGCCAGGAGUAACCCCUGAGCUUCGCUGGGUGUGGCUCAAAAAGCCAAAAAUAAAUAAGUAAAUAAAAACAGCGUAGGGCACACAGCCCGCUGCUCCCCGGUGGUGGGAAAGAUGCUGCAGCUCCAGCCCCUCUGCAGGGGUUUGGGCUGCAGUCAUCGGCCUGGGAUGAGGAGGGUGGGACUCUGGCCUCUGCUUUUCCAGAAAUGCUGACUGCUGGGAAGCCUUAGAGAUUUCCCAAGGCACUUUGAAGUGGUUUCUUUUCCUUGAUAAGGGAAAGGACCUUCAGAAAUUCUUCUUAAAACUCUUACUAGCGAAUUAGAAGAUAGUUACAGGGGAAGGCAUUUGCCUUGCAUCUGCCCCACCCCCAUUCUGAUCCCCGGUGCCACAUAUGUUCUUCUGAGCACCACUAGGGGGUCACUCACGAGCACAGAACCAGAGGUAAGCCACAAGUACCCCCAGGUAUGGCCCAAAUCCCCACCAAAAAACAUUUUUUUUUUCCUAAAUAGAGGCUGUUAAAACUAACAGUGUGACAAAAAGGAUACUGAAGACAAACUUGACUCUCCAGACUCCCUCAGGGAGAGAGAGUAUUGUGGGUAGGGCACUUGUCUUGCAUGUGGCCAACCCCAGGUUCGGUCCCGAGCAUUGCAUGUGGCCCCCAAAGCCCCAUCAAGAGAGAUCCCUGAGAACAGAGCCAUGAGUAAGCUCUGAACAGAGCCAGGUGUGGCAAAAAAAAAAAAAGCCAAACCAAAUUCAACAACAAAAAUAAGACUGUCCCUCAAAAAAGUGCUUAGCUCUUGGGGUUCAGGAGUUGAGGAGCGACCCUCAGCACUCAGUCGUCCUCCUGACGUGGGCGGUAGGGGGAUGGGGGCCUAAUCCCUCUUCCUGGGAUUAGGAUUCAGGGUGGAGACAUUUCCCAUGGCAGAUGUUGGCUGCCAGUGAGCUGAGCGGAUGGGCAGGAGGUGUUUCUGGCAGACUGAAGGCCUCACAAACAGCAGCUGGAACGGAGGCUGCAGGGUUAUAGUCCGAGGGAAGGCCCACGUCCUCAUGGGACCAUCUCUAACCUGCUGCCAUGGGUGAAAAUGCCUGCGCCCUGUGGGUGAGUGGCCACACCACCUUUGAUGUUCCCUUUGUUCUCGGGCCUUUGAAACCUAUCUUCCCCUCAGAUCCUCUGGCCAUUGUGUUUCCUCUGGGUUCUUGGCAAAGUCGAGCAGGUGCAAGGGGCCUGCGGCCCCCAGGCCGGCACCUGGCUCACCCCCACCAUCUGUUCGGUUCACGCCACCAGUCUUUCCUGCACUCCACAGAAUGUAAAUACUGUAUCAUACGUAGAGAAAAAUAAUUUUUUGAUUUCUAAAAAUGCAUUUUGAGAUAGUUUAACGUACAUCUGACAGGAGCAUUCUGAAGCCCCGUUAGGAAGAAACGUAAAUGGUUCCUCCUCAUCGCCUUAAUGUGGAAAGAUCAGAAAUCACUGAGGUUUCCUUCCCAGAAACAAUGCAAAGCAGCGGCGGCGGCGGGGCAGAACCUGCCCUGUCCCCCGUGGGUGCCUUGAGCGCCUUCUGACUGAAGUUGGGGACCUGGCCUCACCCCACCCUCGCCCCUCCUGGUAGCUUUAUUCCUUGCAUUCUUUGGGUCUGCUGAGCAGUUGGGGGUGGUGAGGUGCCAGGGGGGACCCCCUAGUUUUGUAGCCUGGUUGCUGCCUCCAUGCCUUUCUCAGAAUGAAAGGCCCAGAGGCAGGCCGUCAGGGUUCCUGCCUCCUCCUACCUCAGGCCUGGUCAUCGUGGCCUUGACUUUGUGGUCCCAAAGUUUCUCACUUACUUUGGCUUUUUCCAUUUGUUCCUCCCGGAGCAAGUGAUCAGGACGGAGGGGGACAACCCCCUCCCCCACGUCAGCGGGAAGACAAGAGAGGCACAAUCUAGUUUUUGCACAAGGCACGUGGUCAGGAGUGGGUGGGGGAAUGGUCACUUCCAGUCUUCCAAGAGUCAUUCCUUCUCUGCGGCUAGCACGAGUCCUCUGGGAAGACAGAAGGUUCUCUCCAGAUCAGAAGCCCCUCGCCUGCCUUCGCUCUGUUCUCAGUGGAGCAGGUGUAGAAGCCAGAGGGUUGGGUUUUAUUUUUUAAGACAGUAAUAUGGGUCGGAGCGAUAGUACAGUGGGUAGGGCACUUGCCUUACAUGUGGCCAGCCGAGGUUCAAUCCCUGGCAUCCUGUAUGGUCUCUCAAGCCUGCCAGGAGUGAUGCCUGAGCACAGAGUCAGGAGUAAGCCCUGAGCACAGCUGGGGUGUGGACCCCAAGCAAACAAGCAAAAAACAGUAACAGGAUGCUGUAACUGUGUCCUUAAGAGAAUCUUAGCAUUCCUAGGCUAGGGCUUCUGACUACCAUGCUAACAACAGAUUCAAUUCAAAUUGGCUGAAAAGCAGCCAGGGUUGGGCCAAAGAGAGUGUCAGAGGGAAGGCAAGGUAACGGCUUGUAAGCAUCUCCCUCUGGCACAACUCUAGUUUGAUUCCUGAUACUACCUGAGCACCCGCAGGGGCCACUCCUGAGCAUGGGAGUAAGUUGUGAGCAUCGCCAGGUGUGGCCCCCCUAAAAAGCCCAGGCAUUAGAUCCGGGGAUGUGGGAUCUGGAUCGAGUGGUCAGACGCACGCCUUGCAUCUGCAGGGUUCAACCGUGACCCUGCCUGCCUACAUCCCCCAGCACUGUGGGUGUCUCCCCACCCCCCCAAAAGACAAAAGUUGGUUUAAACUUUCAGCCAAGAUGCACAUGGCCAGUGUGUGGAGUCGCAGCUCAAACUGGUGUGUGGGAUGGACGGGGUGGCUUGCUCAGGACAGGAAACGUGUAAGUCCUUCUCCCGAGAAGGCUUUGAUUCCGGCCGUGACAGUGACAUCGCCUUCACCAUUGACCCUUCUCCAAUGUGGUAGUCUUUCUUUACCUUGUGUCUUCUCUUGUAAAAAUGAAACUCAAAAAUAAAACGUGUCAAAUUAAAAGCAAAAACAAAAAAAACAAUGAAGAAGCUAACCUAAAUCGUGUGACAUUGCAUAACGCUGUACCGCUAACCUACAACUAUGUAAUGCUAUCUUGUAUGUUGAAUUUGUUAAUGCACCGCACCAGUGCAAAAUAAAGACUGAUUCACAUUAAAUACA